UGAAAGCUUACUCUAAACCACCACAGCCACAGUCUCCUCUGAGCUCAUCCCUGCGGUGGAGCCAGAAAUAUGACGUGUUUGUGUGCCACAGUCCGACUCACGGUGAUGUUGAAGAGGCUCAGCAUCUUGUCUCAUUCCUGGAAGCCUCGCCUUGCUGUCUUCAAUGUUUUUUUCUGGCAGAGGGACUCUUGUCCGGGUGGUGCCAUUCCUACAGAGGUGUGCCAAGCUGUGCAGGAGAGCCACUUCAAGGUUCUGCUCAUCACUCCAAACUUCCUGCAGGAUGACUGGUGCAAGUACAUGAUGCACCAGGCUCUGGCAGAGGGACCAUUGUCCAACCAGAUGAUCCCUCUGAUUCAAAACCUGUCUUUCCCAGAGUACCCUCAGGAAAUAAAAUUCCUCUUCUACGUGGACCUGACCAAAAAUCCCAGUCAAGGCUAUACCCUUGUUAAGAAGACUGUGCUGAAGUACUUGGAAGACAUCAGUAAAAAUGAGAAACACAGUAAGUGAAGGAGGAACUUCACAAGAAAACAAGCUGGUUGCAAAACAUUGAAGCUGCUGGACGUGAUGAAGAGAAAUGAAAAUCUCAGAGUUUUGCUCUGAUCACCCACAACAAUCAUUAUCAGAGUAUAAUUUGAGAAAUGUUUGAUUAUGUUUGUUCCACUAGUCCUAGUUCUUGGGUCAAUUUCCACCAAUAUUGCUGUGUGCAUGUAGGAUGACCUCAGAAUGGCCCUAAAGGAGUUUCAUUUGGCAAAGGUCAAGGUCAUCGAUGCCAAAGGUAAAAAAAAAAAAAAAGGUUUUACAGUAUGUGUGUUUU